AUGACCUUCAAGUUGGCAACUGAGAACAUUCUCUGUUAUGAUGCUGUUAGAAAAAGUUCUAAAAAAAACAUUCGACUUUACCAUUACCCACUCCAGGACAACCGCGCCGUCUCCACCUUCGCCGCUAGCGCCGGCGCCACCACUGUCUGGCUCGGCAUGUUCUGUUUCGCCACGGGUAACACCACCACUUGCUACCACGAUGACAACUCCGGACCACUUUCCUACAACAGUUUCGCAGCUGGAAACCCAGCAGUUGCUGGAAACGGAGGAUGUGUCUACAUGCAGACAUCCGGAAAAACCGCCGGACAAUGGUUGAGUGCCCCAUGCGAGGUCGUUGGUAUGCCAUUUAUUUGCGAGGUUCCAUUGACUAAUGCUGACCCCACCUGCACCCAUAACUACAACGGCUGGUGCUACAUGGCCUCCCACGAAAUGCAGUUGGCUACUGUCAACACCACCUACGUCAAGGCCCAAAGCAUCUGCCAAUCCAACGGCGGAAACAUGGUGUCGUUCCACUCGAAACCAGAAGUUGACUACGUUCGCGCCAUCUACAGAACCUCUGGUAUCCAACAAAUAUUUGUGGGAGCCAUGGCGUUCCUUCCUGACACUUUUGACUGGUCAGAUGGAUCUAAUUGGGAUUUCGACUACACUGAUCCACUAGCCACUUCCAAAGGAAACUGUAUGACUAUGGAUUUGUCGAGUAGACCAAACAACGGAAUGUGGUCGGAGACUAAUUGUCAGAAUAUCAACUACUUCUUGUGUAAGAGAAAGGCCGGUGCUGCUCAGCCAGCGUCCACUGCAAAACCUAUGGAAGAAGAUGAAGAUAACAGUGUUGUUGAGCAAGAGAAGCCAGUCAACCCAAAAUUCGUCAGAACUUUAAAAGACUCCAUCAAAAAACAAACCGAGCUCAUCGACUUCUCCAACUGCAACUCAACUCUCCUCAUGGCUCCAGGAACCAUUACAUCAUUUGGAUACCCCAAUACCAGACCCCCAAUUACUUCCUGUACCUGGAACAUUGCUGCCCUUGGACCAUACCGCGUCGGAAUCUACUUUACUGAUUUCUCCACGUACAACGCCGUUUACAUUUAUGAUGAGUUUGGAAACUUGAUCACCAGUCCGAAUGGCAACAUGAGACCAUUCCAAGUCUUGGGAGCCACAAAUGUGGUGAAGAUUACUCAUGACUCGAGAUAUGAUGCUGCUUAUAAUUAUCAUGGUUUCACCGCCACUAUUUUGCCAUUCUAA